AGCAACAAACUAAUGGAGACUUUUACCUUUUCCUUUGCUCUUGCAAUCUUGUUACUAAAUUGCUUUGCCAUCUCCUUGGAUUCUCUCACUGAUAAACAUGCACUUAUUUCCUUCAAAAACUCCGUCACUUCUGAUCCUAAUGCUAUCUUGAGCACCAACUGGUCACAAAAUACAUCAGUUUGUAAUUGGAUCGGUGUAAACACUGCCGUGUCACUGCUCUCAAUCUCUCUGGCUAUGAUCUUGCUGGAACUAUUUCGGAAACCUUUCGUUUCUCAGAUAUUUGGAUAUCAGUUCCAACAGAUUCACAGGAAUUUUACCAUUCGACCUAUCUAAACUGCGUCGUUUGAAGGUGAUAAAUGUGGGAAUGAAUUCAUUCACCGGAGAGAUACCACCAUGGUUGGGCAGGUUACCUCAACUGAAAAAACUCCAUUUGUAUACCAACUUUUUCUUAGGUACAAUUCCUGCGACUUUGUUUAACAAUUCCAAUCUCCCGAUGUUACAAAUACUAAACUUGAACCACAAUCAAUUGAGCGGGUCCAUACCACAUGCUAUUUUCAAUCAGUCUUCCCUUAUAGAAAUUGGUAUUAAGAAUAAUAGCCUAUCAGGUAGGCUCCCAAGUGAUAUGUGCAAUAAUAUGGCCAUCAUCAGAUUAUUAUUUCUCUCUGAUAACCUACUUGAAGGCCAGAUUCCACCAAAUAUAUGGAAAUGUACAAAACUUAAGAUCUUGGAGUUAUCCCACAACAAUUUUAGUGGAAACAUCCCACGUGAAAUUGGGAGAUUGAGCUUCCUUACAGAGCUAUUUUUGGGAAAUAAUAAUGGUUUUCGAGGGGUUCCUCCAGAAAUUGGGAAUCUAUCAAGAUUGGAGACAUUAAGUAUUAGAGAGGCUUCUCUAACCGGAAAUAUUCCAUCUUCAAUCUUCAACAUAUCUUCCUUGACAACCUUGAGCUUCUCUCACAAUAAUUUGUCGGGAAGUAUCCCAACUUUCCACAAUCUGCCGCAGCUUCAGGAGUUGUAUCUUCAUAAUAACAAGUUCACAGGUUUGGCUCCAAGUGACGUGUGUAACAGUAUGCCAUAUAUCAGAGAAUUAUAUCUCUCUAGAAACCUAUUUGAGGGGCGUAUUUCAUCAAAUAUUUGGAAAUGCAGACAUCUUGAGAUGCUGGGAUUACAGUACAACAAUUUUAGUGGCAACAUUCCUCGUGCAAUUGGAAAUACGAGCACGCUUAGAGAGAUGCAUUUGGCAUACAAUCAUUUCACAGGUGAAUUACCAGAAGAAAUUGGCGCUCUGCCAAUGCUUGAGAUUUUCGAUGUGUUCAGCAAUUCUUUAUAUGGAUCCAUCCCAGCUUCCAUAUUCAACAUGUCAACAUUGAAGACAAUACAAGCUUCACACAAUAAGUUUUCUGGUAUUCUUCCAUCAAACUUGGGGAAUUCAUUAGUCAACCUUGAACUGCUCUAUUUAGCUUCUAACAGACUCAAUGGCCCAAUUCCAAGCACUAUUGUAAAUGCUUCUAAACUUACCAUCUUGGACUUGAAUCUCAACUCAUUUAGUGGAUCCAUUCUCUACUUUUGGGUAAAUUGAAGCUCCUAGAAGCACUUAUGCUUGGGGAAAAUAAUUUGAGUGGAGCAGAAUUUCCUA